CCAUUUCAGUGUGGAUACGAUGUCACUUGGUUAUGACAUUUUAACACGUAACAGUAAAUAUUGGAAGCAGUGACCAUUUCUGUAAAAUCAUAAUAAUAAUUUGAUGACGAUGGCACCUUUGUCGACAUUUCAAACAUACUGACUCAAUGAAUUUUUAAUAAUACAGAACAUGAUCGUCAAGAAUGAACUGUAUAUUCAAGGCAAUUCUAGAAGGAAGUCCCAAACGCAUCAUUUUUCAAUCUCUGAGUAACUACCGUACUGAACAUCAGUGGUUUCAGAGAAAUAUUUGGAUACGAAAACAACGAGUAGUUCAAAUAGUUCGUCAUAGAGGCUAUAAAACAAGUUGCACAAUGUCCGUGUCACCGUAUGGGACUUGGAAGUCGCCAAUAACGAGCCAGCUGGUCACUGCUAGUGGUGUCACCCUGCAGGAACUAAGGGUUGACUUCAACUCGAAAAAUUCAAAUGUAGUGUACUGGACUGAGGCCCGCCCAGAAGAGAAAGGCAGAUCAGUCGUGUGUUCUGUUGACAAGUCAUCAGGGAAGGUACAGACAUGGACACCAGAGGGGUUUAAUGUUCGCAGCACAGUUCAUGAAUACGGUGGUGGUACUUACUUUGUCAAUGAUGGAGCCGUGUACUUCUCCAACUUCACUGACCAGCAGCUGUACAUUCAGAAGGGUCCUAGCGAGGCUCCGGAGGCUGUCGUUGAUACAGCCAGGAAAUGGCGCUAUGCAGACGGUACAUAUUCAGAGCAGAAAUCCCGGAUCUACAGCAUCCGAGAAGAUCAUGAGCCUGUAGAGGAGAAGAAAGCAAAGGAGCCCACCAACACCAUUGUGUCCAUCAACCCGGCAACAAAGACACAAAGCGUACUGGUGAGCGGAAAUGACUUCUACAGCUGUCCUCAAGCAUCACCGGAUGGGAAGAAACUCUGCUGGAUGGAGUGGUGCCACCCCAACAUGCCCUGGGACAGCACUGAAGUGUGGACAGCUGACCUUUCUGAUGAUGGAGACUCCAUUGUGGACGGGUCAAAGAAAAAGAUUGCCGGUGAAACUGACCUCAGUGCCAUCACCCCAGGCUGGACUCCAGACAAUGAGUUGUUGUACAUCGGUGACCAGACUGAUUGGUGGAACCUGUACCAUGUGACCGAGUCAGGUGACCAGGUGAACGUACUGCCUCGGGACGUGGAGUUGGGAGAGCCUCACUGGCAGUUCUGUACUCGUUCCAGAACCUACUGCUGUGACCCCACUGGAAGUGGGAAGGUUGUCACGACAUACGGAGGGGAGCUGGGCAUCGUGGACCUGAAGACCAAGGUGUAUGAGAAGAUAACUACCGAGUUUGAGUCCCACAAGUACGUGGGUCUGACCAUCAGCGGGGACCUGUACUGCAUCGCCUCCAGCCCAACCCGCUUCCCCUGCGUUGUCCGAGUGAACGUGGGCAGCAAACAGGUUGAUGUUCUCCAUGAAUCCCGCAAACUAUCUAUCGACAACGGAUAUUUCAGCGUUCCUGAGACAAUCACAUGGCCCACUGCUAAUGGUGAAGUCUCCCAUGGUUACUUUUACCCCCCGAAAUCCAAAGAAUUUGUAGCCCCAGAGGGUACCCUGCCUCCAUUACUGGUAAAGGCCCAUGGUGGACCCACAGCCAAGUACUCGAGCACCCUCAAUAUUCAAAUACAGUACUUCACCAGUCGGGGGUUUGCAGUGCUGACAGUCGACUACCGCGGCAGUACAGGCUAUGGCAAGAAGUACAGGCAUCGACUCCGUGGAAAUUGGGGCAUCUGUGAUGUGGAAGACUGCUGCAGUGGCGCCCUCUAUCUGGCCGAGAAGAAGCGUGUGGACGGAAAGCGCCUCUGUAUUGAUGGCGGGUCGGCUGGGGGCUACACAACACUUGCUUGUCUCACUUUCAGGAAAGAAGUUUUCCAUGCAGGUGCAAGUCACUACGGUGUGGCCGAUUGCCUGGCGCUGGCAGAGGAGACACACAAGUUUGAGAGUCGCUACACUGACACAUUACUGGCGCCAUUGACGGAGUCGGGCAUCAAGCUCCUCAAGGAACGGUCUCCAAUAAACUAUGUGCAGAAUCUAAGCUGUCCCUGUGCCUUCUUCCAGGGAGACGAGGAUAAGAUUGUGCUUCCUAAUCAGGCCGUCAUGAUGUAUGAAGCAGUGAAGAAGAAGAAGCUUCCCACAGUUCUUGUAAUGUUUGAAGGUGAGCAACAUGGCUUCAGGAAGGCUGAGAACAUUCAGAAAGCCUUGGAUGGGGAAUUCUACUUCUUUGGCAAGGUGUUCGGCUUCAAGCCUGCUGAUGAUCACUGCAAGUUGGAUAUUGACAAUAUGAGUUAAAGGAUGUCCCUACAGAUACAUUAUGGUAGAUGCAGUCCGGUCUACCUUAUCUCUGGAACCAUGGAACCUACUAAUGGAUGUACAUACUGGGACCUGCACCAAGAAUUUGCCUUUGGCAGAGAAUAUUGGUCAUGACAGAUAGCCGUGAUCAUAAUAUUGCUCAAAUACGUAAUGAUAUGUUAUGCUUGUCAUGAGAUUGUACAUGUAUACACUGGCUUAGCAAUAUGUUUUUGUCAGAGGACUAGUAUAAACCUUAUUUCAAUAGUCUGUGUUUGUAGCUUGUCUUACUUGAAGACCAUUUGUUUACAUUUUCUGUCUUAUUUUGUUCAGUUCAGAUCAAAGAUGAUUACAUGGAUAGUUUUCUUUCAAUCAAGGAAGUAUUGACAAUAUGGACCCAGUACCAUAUUUGCUGUAAUAAGCUGACCAACUGCAUUGAGCCAAAAGUCACAUAGACGACAUGGUUUUGCUUUCACUCACAAUUUUCACACAAGUACAAAGAUACACCUGUUCUGAAUGACACAUGAAUAUUUCAUUUGUGCUUCAAAUAUACUGGGUCCAUAGUCAAUCCUUCCAGAUGGAGGUAGUACAUGCUCAUCCUUCCUUAAAGUAAUUUUAGAAAUUUUCAUUUAGUGACACGAAGAAAUAACUCUCCAAGGGUCCACAAAUCCAUUAAGGUGAAUAAUAUUACUCAGGAUCAUAUGUUACUGAAGCACCUAAUGAUGUUAUAUAAGAUUGUAUAUGUAUACAGAAGUUUAGAAAUAUGUUUUAGUCCAGAGGACUAGUGUAAACCUGAAUUGUAGCUCGUCUUACUUGAACAAAACUAUGUGUACUCUG